GUUCUUCUCUCUCUCUCUGAGAAAAGCGAUUUGACGUUCUCUCUUCUCUUCUCACUCUCUCUCUCUAGCCAGCCCCCGCUUUUUCUCUCUCUAGGAAAUCGGAGAAAAGCUGUGUGGAUCGACGAGAAUGGCGUCAGAGCCGUGGAUCACUCUUCUGUAGCGAUCGAAAAGCUGUGAGUUGCGCCUCUCCUUAGCAUUACCGUUGCUGUUGCUGUUGCUGUUGCUGUUGCCGCUCUGGAUUAGCUUCUUCAUCUUCACACUCUCUGGUCGUCAGUCAGCUGCGAAGUUCGUUCGCGUUCGGUCUUCGUGGAUUUCUCGUCGGACUUAAGACGAAGAACCUAGAAAUUUCAGUCGCUUGAGCUCGGUGGUGGACGGUUCUGUCUCCUCCAUGUCUUCCGACAUCAGCUAGAUACAAAAAAAGGUUCCGCGUCGAGGCUUUUGUUUUUUUUUUUUUUUUGGGGGGGAGGAAUUCUCGACGUCCGAGACUGAGAACAUGGUUCGAGCCGCUCCACUCAGCAAGUGUGUCCGAUCGGAGCGCGGCCAAAUUUUCGGGAUCGGUCUCGCGAGCUUGAUUCUGUUUUCGCGGUUGUGAGUUCAUUUGCCCGGUUUUUGCUGAACCCGGUAGAGCAGGGGUUGUUGUUUUCCUUUCUCCCGUCUAAGUAGAAAGAGGAAUGGGCAGGGAUAGUCUUCUGCUUCCGACUGUAGGACCUCCAAUAAAGUUAGGAAAAGCAGGGUUAAGGAGAAAACAGGCAGGUAGAGGAUCGUACCGGGGAAGCUAGGGUUAGGAUUCCCUGUGAAAUUCGGGUGUUUGAUUGGGGUUUCUUUGAAAUUUCUUAAGUGGGAGCCUAGAAGUUGAGGGCAUUAGGUGGAGGUGGUGGCUCUCUAUUGUUGUGCUUGAUAGAAUUGUCUUGGAGCCGAAAUGGGGGCAUACAUGCACCAACUGCUGAAGAGCCUCUGUUCUGGUUCGGAGUGGAAGUAUGCCGUCUUCUGGAAACUUGAGCAUCGGGCACGCAUGGUUUUGACUUGGGAGGAUGCAUACUAUAAUAGCCAUGGACAAACUGGUCUUUCCAAGUUUAAGUGCUCUGAGGAGACAGUGGACCACUCAAACAAUCUUGGAUAUUCACGUGAUCCCCUUGAGUUAGCUUUGGCAAAGAUGUCCUAUUACGUGCAUUCUCUUGGGGAAGGGAUUGUUGGGCAGGUGGCAGCUAGUGGGAAGCAUCAGUGGUUAUGUCCCAAUCUUUAUCUAGCCAAUGACUACUUAUCAUCGGAGGACUGUGAUAUCUGGCAAACACAAUGUUCAGCUGGAAUAGCGGCUGUUCUUGUCAUGGCUGUUCUUCCACAUGGAGUUCUACAGCUUGGCUCUUUAAAUAAAGUGAACGAGGAUGUGAAGCUGGUGAGCAAUAUCCGAGAUGCAUUUUUGUCUUUCCAAGAUUCCUUGCUACAGCUUAAAUCUGUUCCCUUGUCAUGUUCUGAUAAUUUACUACAGCAGGCAAGUUCAUUUAUGGAUGGUUUGGUUUCAGAAGCCACUUCUGAUUGCUCUGGCAACCUAAAUGGGUCUAAAGAAGAAGCCAAUAUAUGUUCACCUUAUCCAUAUAUUGAGAAGUAUAUCGAGAGAUCCUGUCGUCUGCCACUGUCUGGAAGUCAUCAGAGAGCAGAAGUCAAGGUUGUCCACAAUCAUGAACAGAGGCCAAGUACUUUGGAGAAUCAUAUUCACGAAAAUAUAUGCAAUAAGAAACCUUUUAAAGAAGAACCUAACUUGGAUGGUCUAAAUGCCAUUCUGGCACCCACUAUCAGUCCAUUCACGGAAAAUAUAUCAUCCAACUGUUACUUAUUUGAAAAUGCCUUUCCAGCUGAAGAGAUUGGUGUUGAUUGCCCCUAUCUCCCUUUAGACCAGUUAGGAUCUUCCGGUCAAGAUAGAGUCAGAGCUCGUGGUUCAGAUGCGAUAUCAAAUGAGCUCCUUCAAUUACCAGAAAUGGCACAAAAAGAUUUAGGGAAACGUUUGGAGAUUGAUGAUAACCUAGAGAAAUCCAGAAGAUCAUUUGGAUUCCCGAGUAUUUCAGAACUCCAUGAAGCACUUGGACCAGCUUUUUCAAGGAUGAGUGCUGCCUCAAUUUGGGAAGAAGACAAAACAGAAGCUGAAAGAGCAGUGCAGAUUUUAGAAGGGAUCAGCAGCAGCCAUUCGACAAAUGAAUCAGACUCAGAGCAUCUUCUGGAAGCUGUAGUGGCUAAAGUUUGUCAGAGUGGUCAUGAAAAUAAAAAUGAAGGAUCAUUUUCCAGCUCAUUAAGGUCUCCAAUGGUUUCAGGAAGAGUGCCAGAAGCUUCCAGCUCUAGUCUUUCUAAGUUCACUGCUCAUUCAUUGGGUUAUUCAUUUGAUCAGCCCUAUCAUACAGAAGGACAUGGCCUACAUUCGUCAGACAGAAGUCUUGCUAUGUCUUCAGCAAGCAUUUCGUCUUCUUGUCAAACUUCACAUAGCGAUCUGUUAGAGAGGUCAUUGGAGCUGGCGAAGAACAGCAAAAAGAGGGCCAGACCUGGUGAAAAUCGUAGGCCCAGGCCAAGGGACAGACAACUGAUCCAAGAUCGUCUAAAGGAACUAAGAGAAUUGGUGCCUAGUGGUUCAAAGUGUAGUAUCGAUGCACUGUUGGAGCGCACAAUCAAGCAUAUGCUUUUUCUACAGAGCAUCACUAAGCAUGCUGACAAGCUGAACAAGUGCGCCGAAUCAAAGGUAUCUGGACCAGGUCUUUCUAUCAUACUUUACCCUAGUCUCCGUCACAAUGAACCAGAUGUACUGGGAUCCUCCAGUAACGAACAAGGAUCAAGCUGGGCAGUGGAGGUGGGAAGUCAUCUCAAGAUAUACUCAAUCAUGGUCGAGAAUCUUAGUAAGAAGGGCCAACUGCUUGUGGAGAUGAUGUGUGAAGAUUGCGGUCAUUUUCUUGAGAUAGCAGAAGCAAUUAGAAGCUUGGGUCUGACAAUCUUAAAAGGUGUCACAGAAGCACAUGGUGAGAAGAUAGGGAUAUGCUUUGUGGUUGAGGGGCAAAAUAACAAAAACAUCCACAGAAUGGAUGUCUUGUGGUCACUUGUGCAAAUAUUGCAACCCAAGACUUCAACAUGAAACACAACAUGCAGCCCUUGGCCUCAAUCCAGAAACAUAACAAAAUGUUCCAGAAACUCUAUAAUGUACGCAUGUAAAUCAUCCAUGACAUGGAUUGUUCCAAUUCUAGUUUGACCUUUGUGUUUUAUCCUCUUUGGCAUUGGGGAGGAAACCUUGUUUUCCUGGUGUGUUCAUUUGUGAAGAUGAGUGUUGACCCUAUUAUCCCAUGAAUGGGUUUUGAGUUUCACCGAGUCGCAUCCUCCUUAAAACCUUGCAAUGUAGGAGCCGCUGUGCAUUGAAAGCCCUAUCGUGAUGCAAGUGAUGAUGUUUCUAAAGCUCUAAUUUCCGAGUUUUCUUGCUUCAA